UUAGUGAGUAAAACAUCUGCAUGUAUAGACAUGAUGCUUAAAUAUAUUGACAAACAAUGCAGGUCCAGACUCUCAAGUUUGGUCUCAAGUGUCCCACACCAGCCUCAUCACAUCUCCUAGCAGAAGCACUGUGUUCUAUGCCAAACCUGACUGACCUGACACUUAGAUUUGUUCUUAAUGGGGAGUUCUACUCUGCAUUGAGAGCAAAGGCCUCAUCCAUACAGGUCCAGACUGUCAACCUCGGUUGUCUCCUGUAUGCCGCACCAGCCUCUUCACACCUCCUAGCAGAAGCACUGUGUUAUAUGCCAAACCUGACUGACCUGACACUUGGAAUUAAUCUCAAUGAGGAUUUCUACUCUACAUUGAAAGCAAAGGCAUCAUCCAUACAGGGUUGUUUUCCUCAGAUCAGGAAGGGAAACUUCAGGCUCAAUGGAGUCACUCAAGAUGGCUUGGACUCAUUUCCUCACACCCUCUCAAGGUCAUGUCGCCAACUAUCAGGAUGCUUUUACCAUGGCAACACAUACAACACAGGAGAUGUCUCAUCAGAGCAAUCAAGAGCAGUGUACCAAGAAACAAGGGCAAGCAACAGCAGUGUGAACCCAGUACAUGCCAACGUUGGUGUUUCCCUUGACACCCUAUCAAGAGGGUUAGGUGCCAAUAUUCCAGUCUUGCAAGAAUCUCAGGACAAUACACUCGUGAGGCAAGCUUUACAACAGCCCGGUACAUUGAGGAAUGAGUCUGGUAUUUGGCCAGUCUAUUUAGAGAAUAAUGCACUACCUUGGAAUAUUGGGCGUAGUCAGCCCCAAUUUAUGCCUUCCAAUCUCCAAUCGAGCAUGUCUGCUGGGUACCGCAGUAUGGAGUAUGGAGAGGCUUACUACAAUCCUACCUACAAUGCCACUAUGUCAAGUUCUACUCCAUCUCCUAACCCUCCAGUCUCAAGACAUAAUCAACCUGCCACAGACCACCCUCAACAGCAACAUAUGGGUGAUGUACACUAUCCAAGAAAGGCAUUACCACCAUCACACUACCAUCAACAGCAACCCAUGGGUGAUGUACACUCUCCAAGAAGGGCAUUACCACCAUCACACUACCCUCAACAGCAACCCAUGGGUGAUGUACACUCUCCAAGAAGGUCAUUACCACCAUCAGACCACCCUCAACAGCAACCCAUGGGUGAUGUACACUAUCAAAGAAAGGCAUUACCACCAUCACACUAUGAUCAACAGCAACCUAUGGGUGAUGUACACUAUCCAAGAAAGGCAUUACCACCAUCACACUACCCUCAACAGCAACCCAGUGGUGAUGUACACUCUCCAAGAAAGGCAUUACCACCAUCACACUACGAUCAACAGCAACCUAUGGGUGAUGUACACUAUCCAAGAAAGGCAUUACCACCAUCACACUACCAUCAACAGCAACCCAUGGAUGAUGUACACUAUCAAAGAAUGACAAUACCACCAUCAAACCACCCUCAACAGCAUCCUAUGGGUUAUGUACACUAUCCAAGAAUGACAAUACCACCAUUAAACUACCCUCAACAGCAACCUAUGGGUGAUGUACAUUAUCCAAGAAUGACAAUACCACCAUCAAACUACCCUCAACAGCAACCUAUGGGUGGUGUACACUAUCCAAGAAGGACAUUACCACCAUCAGACCACCCUUAACAGCAACCAAUGGCCGAUGUACACUAUCCAAGAAGGACAUUACCCUCAUCAGACCACCCUCAACAGCAUGUUGGCAAUACACCAUAUACUGUAUUUCAAUUAUCUCAGAGACACAGAGAAGGUAGCAGUAGCUUGAGCAGGCCUUACAAGAGGCAAGCUACUUGUACUCAGUCAAGAGUUCCACAGGAUGAUCCUGAAAUCCCAGAGAAACGAUCAAAGUAUGAAGUCUAAUUUCUAUGGUAUCAGUAGAGUAAGACAGUGCCCCACUGGUAACACUUCAUCUUAACUUUGUGUAUGCAUGAUACAGGGAUCCACACUAACUGUUAUUUGGAAAAGAGGUUCAGAUUUUAUAGUCUGUAUGCAUUAGCCCUAUGUAAAAACUUCCAAGUUCUGGGGUCUGGACCUAGAUUUUGGGUGUCCAUGUGUCUCUGCUAGGCUGUUAGUUUCAAGCCCUGGCCUGAUAGCAAGAAAUUUGGGGUAAAAAAGGGUAUUUUUUGGUGAGGUUUGCAAAAAGGCUGUUUUCUUCUUCUUCUUUACCUACCUGUAGAUUGAGUACAGUCCACUAUCUGGUGUUAGAAUUAAAAAAUUCAAGAGAAAGGGAUCAUAAUAUUGUCACAAGGUUCAAAAACAUGUGUAAGGCAUUUGUAGAUAACGAUUCAAAAAAUAGAAUACGUUUAGUGAAUGUGCAUGUACUUUUAAAGGGAUCCGGUAAUUUUGUCUUAGAUCCUUUAAAAAAAAUCCUUGAUUUAGCUCAUGCUGC